AUGAACAGAUUGUUUGGCACAAAACGAAACGCUCUUCCCAAACCCAACUUGAACGAUGCCAUUUCUAGCAUCGAUACCAGAGUGUCUUCUCUUGAUAUAAAGCUCACGAAAAUCAAUUCUGAAUUAGCCACUUAUCAGCAAAGGUUGGCCAGAAUGAGAGAAGGCCCUGGCAAGAAAGCUUUGAAACAAAAGGCCUUGAAACUAUUAAAACAAAAAAAACAGUACGAAUCCCAAAAGGAUCAAUUAGAAACACAGAGCUGGAAUAUGUCUCAGGCUCAAAUGACUAAUGACAAUUUGAAGAAUACAAUGGUGACGAUUGAUGCAAUGAAACAAACAAACAAAGAACUAAAGAGAACCUAUGGGAAAAUCGAUGUUGAUAAAAUUGAUGAUCUUCAAGACGAGAUGCUAGAUUUAAUUGAGAAAAGUAACGAAAUACAAAACAGUCUAUCCACUGCUUACAACAUGCCCGAUGAUGUUAGUGAGAGCGAAUUGGACGCUGAAUUAGAAGCUCUAGGUGAAGAAAUACAGUAUGAACAAGAAACAAACUCUCAAAUUCCAAGUUAUUUGCAAAUGGAAGACGAUGCUACGAAAUUGCCCAGUUUUAUUGAUGAGGAUCCUAUUAAGGAUAAUAAAUUAACAAAUGACAAACUUACUGCAUCGUGA